CAACAUCAUCGCGAACAUUACUCCACGAAGAUUACAUAUCCAUCACGAAGAGCCAGGCUUGCAUCUCCAGCACAUCACACAUAUCAACCGGGAGACAAAGCCUCCGUCGAAUAAGCCGCAAAAAUGAAGCCCGUCGUGAGCGCCAUGCAAGCAUGGCAAUGCACCGUCAUCUCCGUUUUCGCCAUUGUUAUCCUUGGAGUCCUCGGUGUUCUGUUCAAUCAGAACCACCCCGAGCUCGUUGGUAGCGAGGAUGACCCUAAAGAUGGCAGCGCUGUCGCGAGCACCAUCUUUAUCUCUGUGCUGAUCUACAUCGGCUUCUUCAUCUUCUGUGGUCUGCAGGGCCUCCUUCACGUCCGCGAGAAUCGGCGAGGCGCGAUCGCAUUGUAACGAUAUAAGAGAAGGGAAGAGAAAUGUAUGGCAUCGAAAGACAUAACGGUUUCCUGGCGUUCGGCAUCAUGUUGGUUUUUGCGCGGGUCGACUCGAGUCCGCAUUCAGUUGAGACGGCUUCUGCGUCUGAAGAGGGUGGGAGAUAACGUUACCCAGUGGAGGCUGGCCAAGGUCGCACUUGGGACAGGGCGUACUGCAUCAUUGGGCGACAACACUGGUUUCGAUGUACGAGAUUGAGAGGCUCGCGGGGAGUCGGGUAUAUAAUAAGCGGUUACAAAUUCUUGAGGAAAGGGUACGCAAAGGGAUCCUUUACAAGAGGCCUCAGGUCCGCUACCGAAGCGUUGACUUGGGUUGGAUCGCCAUUCGGUGUUUGAAAACACAUUGAUAGACCCGGGCGCUCGCAUGUAAACAGGUCAACAAUUCAUCAGGUUCCGUCCAUGAGAUGCGUAGAGGUUGUGAACAAUAUGUAAAACUUC